CUCACCUUCCCCUCCUCAUUCCAGAAGCCCCACUUUGUGAUGUGGAGGUCAGGCCUGGUCUUGUGGAAUAAGCAGACAUACCAUCCGUCCUACUUUCCCACUUUGCAGCCUCUGUUGGGUCUGGAACCUUAACACGAGUCUGUUCGUCUUGUUUGUGACAGAGCCUCACUGUGUGGCCCAGGCCGACUCCAUCUCCAAACAGCUAGGAUUAUGGUGUGCCUCGUCAUACCUGCAUCAGACCAGUAGUCACUUCUGGGGGUACCUUGCCCCUAGCCCUCAGUCCCGUGGAAUCAGAAUCCUGUUCUUUUCUGUCUUCUAAGCCCAGUCUCUUCGAUCCUUUCCCUUCCUUACUUUUUGUUCCUUCCCCUCUUUGCCCAGGGACAGGGACACUCUAUGCCCCCCCCCCAACCCUUUUGUACCUUAAAAUAGUUGGAAGAGAAAAUCAGGGGUCAGAACUCUCCUUGCUUGGCCUGAUCUGGUCCAGUGUUAAAGGGAAAGUCCUAAGUACGUGCAGAAGCUCUGGGCAAGGGGGUGCAGGCCUGUAAUCCCAGCACGUAGGAAGCUGAGGCAGGAAGAUUGAGUGCUCAGUUAGCUAGUGCUUCAUGGCAAGACUUUCUUAAGCAACAAGAACCAUCCAGAAAUGUGUGGCGGGACAGCAAAUAACCAAAAGACUCAAGGACAUCCUCUCUGGAUGCUGAGAAAGCAACAGGUGAAGAGGGGUCCAGUCUGCUCCUAGAACUCUAUCUACAGCAAACGCCAGGUCCCCAGGCAGAGGACAGAGGGCAGUGGCACAUGACUAGAUGUCUAGAUGAUGUUCCCUCCCCCUUGUUGUUCCCAGCAUUCUUUAGUCAAUUAAUAUAUGUCCAAGACCUAGAGAGGCCCCUGUAGGGACUCAACCACUGUCCCAGCUGUCUCCCUGUCCCGCCUCCCCUGCUGCCCGCCCAGUUGGCCAGUCCCCACGCCCACACACCCGGGGCUGCUUGAUCUGGUACUGAUUAUCCUGCUGCUGCUGCUGCUGCUGUUGCUGCUGCUGCUGAACUCAGCUGCUGCUUCCAGCACUUCCCCCCUACACAAUGCUGCCUGCUGCCCUAACCUCCCUUCUGGGGCCAUUCCUUCUGGCCUGGGUGCUGCCUCUUGCUCGAGGCCAGACCCCCAACUACACGAGACCUGUGUUCCUGUGCGGAGGGGACGUGACUGGGGAGUCGGGUUACGUGGCAAGUGAGGGUUUCCCCAACCUCUACCCUCCAAACAAGAAGUGCAUCUGGACAAUCACGGUGCCUGAGGGCCAGACUGUGUCACUGUCCUUCCGAGUCUUCGAUAUGGAGCUCCAUCCUUCCUGCCGCUACGAUGCUCUGGAGGUCUUUGCUGGAUCUGGAACCUCAGGCCAGCGACUUGGACGCUUCUGCGGCACCUUCAGGCCUGCACCUGUAGUCGCACCUGGCAACCAAGUGACUUUAAGAAUGACAACUGACGAGGGCACUGGGGGACGAGGUUUCCUGCUCUGGUACAGCGGCCGGGCCACCUCAGGCACUGAGCACCAGUUUUGCGGGGGGCGGAUGGAGAAGGCGCAGGGAACCCUGACCACGCCCAACUGGCCUGAGUCGGAUUACCCUCCAGGCAUCAGCUGUUCCUGGCACAUCAUUGCACCCUCAAACCAGGUGAUCAUGCUAACCUUUGGGAAGUUUGAUGUGGAGCCUGACACGUACUGCCGAUAUGACUCUGUCAGUGUGUUCAAUGGAGCUGUGAGUGACGACUCAAAGAGGCUGGGGAAAUUUUGUGGAGACAAGGCCCCUAGCCCCAUCUCUUCCGAAGGGAAUGAGCUCCUGGUCCAGUUUGUAUCGGACCUCAGCGUCACCGCAGAUGGCUUCUCAGCCUCCUACAGGACCCUGCCACGGGAUGCCGUAGAAAAGGAGUCAGCCCCAAGUCCAGGGGAGGAUGUACAACAUGGUCCCCAGUCCCGCUCUGACCCUAAGACAGGAACUGGGCCCAAAGUGAAACCACCCACUAAACCUAAGUCCCAACCUGCAGAGAAACCAGAGGCCUCCCCUGCUACCCAGGCAACUCCAGUGGCCCCAGAUGCUCCCAGCAUCAGUUGCCCAAAGCAGUACAAGCGCUCAGGCACCUUGCAGAGCAACUUUUGUUCCAGUAGCCUAGUGGUUACGGGAACAGUGAAGACCAUGGUCCGGGGCCCAGGGGAGGGCCUCACUGUCACCGUCAGUCUCCUUGGUGCUUACAAAACGGGAGGACUGGACCUGCCUUCUCCGCCCAGUGGCACCUCCCUGAAGUUCUACGUGCCCUGCAGGCAGAUGCCCCCCAUGAAGAAAGGAGCCAGUUAUCUGCUGAUGGGUCAGGUGGAAGAACACAGAGGCCCCAUCCUUCCUCCAGAGAGCUUCGUGGUUCCCUACAGGCCCAACCAGGACCAGAUCCUCAAUAACCUAAGUAAGAGGAAGUGUCCCUCCCAACCUAGGACAGCUGCCUGAUGUCCUAGCCAGAUACAGCCUUAGUGCUUAUCCAAAUAAAUGUUCCUUGACUCAG